UGUAUUUUUGUUUCCUGUUACAGCAUCCGCAGAAACUUUCGGUUUAUGUUGGUUCCCUCACCAAACUGAGCUCGGGCACCAACUAAUCCCUCAUUAUCCUACAGUUAAAACACAACACCUUACAUUAUAAAUUGCUUCCUACAUUAGAAAUGUCUGCGGGAGUUAACGAUGAUGAAAAUAGUGCAGUCAGCCCUGACAAAAUAAUCGAAGACAUUGGCGGAUGUGGACGCUUUCAAGUGCGGAUGACCAUCGUUGUUCAUCUUAUCAAGACGAUUGUCUGCUUUACUUUUUCGGGGAUGAUUAUUAUAUCGGCGACUCCAGCAUGGUGGUGUGAGGACGUCCUCAUUACUAAUAAUCUGACGUCAUGCGUUACCUUUCGGAACGGUACAUCUAUUGAUUACUGUCCAAAGAAGACAUGUACUCUAAACGGAACUGAGUGUCGAAGGCUGAAUUAUGAUAGAAGCUUAACUACAAUCGUCAGCGAAUUCGAUCUGGUAUGUGCACGUGACUUUAUUCCGAGUACAAUAAAUUCAGUUCAAAUUGCUGGUACCCUAGUAGGUAACGUGGCUUCAGGACAAAUCGCAGAUUUAAUAGGACGAAAACCUCCAUUCUUUGCUUCAAUAAUUUUAAUUAUGUCGUUCAAUCUUGUCGGUUACUUUUCUACAAGCUGGCAAAUGUUUGCAGUUGCAAGGUUCUUCCUUGGCAUGGGUGGUGGUUUCUUUCUUACCACACAAUAUUGCUUCUUGUCAGAAUUUUCGCUUGCUCGCUGGCGUGUCUGGAUUGUAGGAUUUCCGUCUUGGCCGAUACAGGCUUGUGUGUUGGCACUGUGUGCCUGGUUGUUACACGACUGGAGGGACAUUCAACUGUUAACGGCUAUUUUGUCCAUCCCGUGUCUUCUUGCUUGGUUUGCGUUACCUGAAAGUUUCCGGUGGUACAUAGCUCACGAUAAUCCGGAAAAAGCUGAACAAAUUAUAACAUCCAUAGCAAAGUACAACCGACAUAACGAGUUUGAUAUAGAAAAGGCACUGCAGAAACCCGAAACACGUGAAGAUCAGAAAUACACAGUUUUGCAUUUGUUCAAAUCUAGAUACUUAAUUAAAGUAACGGUGCUUCUUUCAUUAAGUUGGAUAGCACUUGGUGUUGUAUCGUAUGGUAUAUCAUUUGGAAUCCAGUCACUUUCGGGAAGUAUUUAUCUGAAUGUAUUCUUAUUUGCCCUUACUGGCAUUCCAAGUAAAUCAAUAGCGCUCUGGCUACAGAACAGAUUUGGUCGACGAGCUACAGCAAUCAUAUGUUUUGUUAUCGUCGCUGUUGGUGGUCUGGUUGUCGGCAUCGUGCAGACGUUUGGUGUGCAAAAUAAAGAUGAACUAACGAAUGGGUUUGCUAUGGUGGCAAAUAUGGGAAUAUCAAUGGCAUGGGGACCAGUUCAAACGAUGACAAUUGAGCUCUAUCCGACUGUAAUAAGAAAUAUUGGGUUUGGUUCUCUCAGCGUGACAGGACGAGUUGGAGCUAUACUCGGACCGCAGUUAGUGUAUCUGAACUCCUACGUCCCAGGAUUGUUGUAUUACGUGUGCGGAGCCAUAUCUAUCAUCUGCAUGGUGGGAUUACUUUUCCUGCCUGAAACAAUGAACCAGAAUCUUAAUGACAAAAUAAAAAAGGAUGUAGAAAUCAAAUUUCCUGACGAAGUCAUAGAAGUAAACUGUGCAAGCCGGUGUGAGAAUGUAAAGGGAAAUGCAAUGGAAAACGAAAGGAAAGUUUACAACCUUGACGUAACGUCUCUUCCGGAGGACAUAAUCUCUAAGGAUAACGUUAUAAGUUCAACAAAGCUCUUCAACAUGACGCAAACUACGCCUUCUACAGAAAAAGACGUCGCUGACGUCAGUCCAGAUGAGAUAAUUGAGAGCCUAGGAGGAUGUGGUCGGUUUCAAGUACGAAUAAGCGUCAUUGUCCAUCUAAUGAAGACGGUCGUCUGUUUCACGUUCAUGGGAAUGAUUAUCAUAUCUUCAGCACCGCCUUGGUGGUGUAAAGAUGCCGUCGUUGGAACCAGUUUGACAUGUUCGGGUUACGAAAAUAAUACAAUUAUGCAAUACUGCAAAUCAAAAUCUUGUUUAAAUGGAAAUAAAACGAAAUGUAGGGCUUUCGGGUAUGAUAACAGCUUGAAAACAAUUGUUAGUGAGUUUAAUCUGGUGUGCGACUAUGACUACAUUCCAAGUAUUAUUACUUCAAUUCAAAUUACUGGUAUUCUUGUGGGGAACGUAGCAGCCGGACAAAUCGCCGAUUUAUUUGGAAGAAAGCCUCCGUUCUUUACUUCGAUGUUUUUACUACUGUCAUUUAAUCUUGUCGGUUAUUUCUCAACCAGCUGGGAAAUGUUUGCUGUCGCAAGAUUCUUUGUUGGCGCAGGUGGUGGAUUUUUUCUAACAACACAGUAUUGCCUUUUGUCUGAGUUUACGCUGGCAAAAUGGCGUGUAUGGAUAGUGGGAUUUCCAUCAUGGCCUAUCCAGUCAUGCUUAUUUUCACUCUUGGCAUGGUUAAUCCAUGACUGGAGGUAUAUCCAGCUGAUGACUGCACUAAUGGCCAUACCCUGUUUCCUGGCAUGGUGUGUAAUACCAGAAAGUUUUCGGUGGUAUGUUGCUCAUGACAAACCAGAAAAGGCGGAGGUUAUUGUCAGAUCCGUUGCAAAAUUCAACAGAAAUACCACUUUUGAUAUAGACAAAGCUUUAAAGAAACCGGAGAACAGAGAAGACAAAAAGUACACAGUGUUAGACCUAUUUAGAACAAAGAAAAUGGUGAAAGUCACAUUUCUCUUAUCACUGAACUGGAUUGCACUUGGUUGUGUUUCAUAUGGUAUUGCGUAUGGGAUUCAGACACUGUCAGGAAACAUUUUCUUCAAUCUAUUUCUGUUCAGCUUGACUGGAAUACCUUGCAAGGCAAUCGCACUUUGGCUCCAAAACAGAUUUGGGAGACGGUGUACAUCAAUAAUGUGCUUUACCGAUGUUGCCUUUGGAGGAAUGGUGGUUGGCAUCGUACAAACACUAGAUGUACCUUAUAAAGAUGAAUUAACUAAUGCAUUUGCACUUAUUGCUUACAUGGGAAUAUCUUCAGCUUGGGGAUCUGUUCAAACCAUGACAAUAGAAAUAUACCCAACUGUGAUCAGAAACAUUGGUUUUGGUACUCUGAGUGUAACGGGACGUAUAGGUGCUAUUGUCGGUCCGCAGCUAGUGUAUCUGAACUCCUACGUCCCAGGAUUGUUGUAUUACGUGUGCGGAGCCAUAUCUGUCAUUUGCGUGGUGGGAUUACUUUUCCUGCCAGAAACAAUGAACCAGAAUCUUAAUGACAAAAUAAAAAAGGAUGCAGAAUUCAAAUUUCCUGACGAAGUCAUAAAAGUAAACUGUGCAAGCCGGUGGGAGAAUGUUAAAGGAAAUGCAACAGAAAACGAAAGGAAAAUUUACACACUUGACGUAACGUCUCGUCCGGAGGACAUAAUCUCUAAGGAUAACGUUAUAAGUUCAACAAAGCUGUGAUGUAUUUUUCAGCUAAAUCAUAUUCGGCAGCAAACACAUAUAUUAUACAUUUAUUUACCGAAACAAACGAAACUAUAAUAUAAUGUACUUAAAUAAACGGUUUAAGCUUGUAACAACGUUUGUAUUAAUAAUUAUAUAAUUACUUUUGCGUUUAAUAUUGUAUAUUUUCGUCUUUAAAACAUUACAUAUGCACUUCAAUUGUAAUAUAGUUGCAGUUUUAGUAUAAUAAAUGUUUAAAAUAGUUUUGGACAUAGUUUUAAAGAAUUAUAAUAAACUUCUUUAUAAAAAAAAGAGAAUAAGUGAAAUUAAUGGCAGAAAAAGAGAGUAAAUCAACAUUGUCUCGAACCAGUUCACAUCGUCUAGAUAAUGAAAAUCAACUCACGUUGAAUUUUAUCUCAUUAUUUUGUAAUUAAUUGAUUGGAACAGAAAACGAUUGAUGUUAAAAUCAUCACAUUAAUAGUAUUUUUCCGAAUAAUAAAUGUUUUGUACAUUCAA